UAAACUCCGACCUGUAGCUCCAGUCGCCGCCGAAACGGGUCUCGGCGCCAAGACAAACCGUUCAGCCCUACCAAAUCGACCGCUUUGAGGGGAUGUGAUGUCAACGACUUUUGCGAUGGAACGGCAAGGACGUGGACCUUCAUGUCCACACAGCAAUUACAAUGGCUCAGGCGGUGAAGAGGAAGCUCGUGGUUUGUGGUGGGAAUGGGUUUUUGGGUAUGAUUUGGCCUCAUCCCCAAUGGACCCGCAUCUGUAAAGCUGCCGUAAAUCGUGGGUGGACUGUGACCUCUAUAUCACGCUCUGGUGAGCCACACUGGUCCUCCGUCUCCUCCCCAACCGCACCCUCUUGGUCAUCCAAAGUAUCAUGGCAGCGCGGUGAUAUCCUCAAUCCCUCAACAUAUACUUCGCACCUGGAGAAUGCCGAUGCCGUUGUUCAUUCCAUGGGAAUUUUGCUUGAGGCAGAUUACAAGGGCGUAGUUUCGGGCAAGGAGUCCCCAAUAGCAGGACUGCAGCGUGCCUUCAGCGCGCACAAGGCCGGGACGCAGAACCCGCUGGAUAGAAAAGAGGGAGAGCCGCUGAAACCGCAGGAGAAGGAUGGUCAAUUGACAUAUGAAGUCAUGAACAGGGACACUGCCGUCUCCCUCGCCAAGGAGUCUUCCACCCGCAACGUCCCUACCUUCCUCUACAUCUCCGCCGCCGCGGGCUUUCCCCUCCUCCCCUCUCGCUACAUCUCCUCGAAGCGUGAAGCUGAAUCCCUCAUCGCCUCUAACUUCCCCGCUAUGCGCUCUAUCUUCAUCCGCCCACCCUUCAUGUACGACACCUCACGCACAUUCACCAUGCCCAUCGCUAUGCUGGGCAAUGCAGCGAGUAUGUUGAAUGGUGUUUUCGGGGGCAGAUUGAAGUGGCUGAUGGGUGCCGGGGCGGUGAAGCCCUUGAAGGCAGACACGGUGGGUGCGGCGGUGGUCGAGGCGUUGGAGGAUGAGCAUGUCAAGGGCGUGGUUGAGGUGCCAAUGAUUGAGACGUUGGCGACCAGAGCCUGGAGGAAGAACAUGCUCUGAGCAAGGCCGGUAAAAGGCGUGUAAGAUAGUGUAUAACCGUGACUCUGUGUCAGUCUCGAAGAAGCAAGUUGGGGGGAUUUAUAUACGGUUCAUGUGGUGAUGGAUCCGACCCCCUUUCUCGGCCAACGCCUCUAUUCGUCCUGGUCAUGGCUAGUGCUUGGGCCGCGGAUGAAGUUCGACCUGAUUCUCUGCUAGUCGAAGUCGAUCAAAAACACAGGGGCCCAGGAGGUGCACUUCCGACAGAAACUCCACCCUUGGGCUCUGGACACCCACCCUCGGACGCACUACCAUCAUCCAUCCCCUAUUUUACUCACCGCUUGACCCAAUCUGCUCUGCACCGUGUUUACAUAUGGACCUUGCCGUGACGUUCACAGAUAUGAUAGACGAUAGAGCCAAGUCCUGCACAAUGGAACCACAAAGUUUGAGAAC